AUGGCGCCGUCCGAGACCUCCAUUCUCAGCAAUUUCCUGCUGUCUCCGGCGUCCUUGCCAACGGUCAUCUCGUUACAACAGUUUACAGACCUCUUCCCGAAAAGGCUCCGGUCUCAUCCGCAGAUCAGAGUCCUCUAUCGCGAGCUGCAACAGGUUCGCGAGCAAGACAUGGACCUGGUCAAUAGCAACAUUGACACGGAAGCCCGCCAAGGGGAGAACCAAAAAGCGGAGCUGCGCCGAUCCAUCAUGAAAACCGGCAUCGAUGGCGUGAGUAUCCACGACCAACGCGAAAUGGACGUGGACGUCCAGCUCUUCGGACAGCCGUCCACUGCGGCAGGAAACGAUUACCAUUCGGUGUCGAGUCUCCUUUCGGCGAUGGAGUCGGCGUGCGCCAGCGUUGAAAGUGAGAUCGCCGAAGUGGACCAGAACGCGUCAACUCUCCUUGCUGAACUGAACACCACCGCUGGUGAGCUAAGCGACCUUCGAUAUGGGAAAAUGCAAGGCCCUGCGGGUACCACCGGUGAAGAAGUCGUGAAGGAAGCUAUCAGGGGCCUCAAGAACCUCGAGGAUGCCUGUUAUCGUGAACCUUAG